UUCAUACUCUGUGCUGUGUUGCUGCACUAUAUUCCAUCUUAUAGGCUCUAAUGUGGCUAUUUUAUAUUCCAUACUAUGAUUAUAUAAAUGUUAAUAUGUUUACACAACAUCAUAUUAUUUAUAAAUGCAGACAAACACUGAUGUAAUUGUGUAGUGAUGUUAUAGUAGAUGGUAUAUUGUUAUUUCUAUUGGAUAAAGAGCACUUGAAGACUUUGCUGCUGCAUUAUUAUCUGUCUUUUUGUUUUUUAUACCUUCUAAUUGUGUAUUUUAUCUAAAUAUAUGUGCUUGUUUGUGUCUUUUCGCUGCUGUAACAUCGGAAUUUCUCCUCUAGGGGCCUCAUGGAAGCUCAGUUUGUUUGUCCGUGACUACACUACCCAGAGUCCCCCGCGGGUGAGGCCACGCCCACGCUGCAGAAUGGCAGCGGUGAACUUUAACCAGAGUGUGUUUAUUUCUCCGGGUGUCGGAGGAGGAGCGGCCCGAUGACAAACCCUCAGUUUGUGGCGCUGCUGGCCGAGCUGCAGGACGCGAUCAUGGGGAGCACUCUGGUCAAAUGUGCCGCCACCGACCUGGGGAUCCAGUGGGCCGGCUGGGCCGUGGCGUCCGCCUUCAGAACCGAGAAGUUCUACGAUCUGGCAGGGUCUGGCACUUUUAUACUCCUCGCCCACCUGAGUCGGUUCUGGGGCGGAGCCAGUCACGUCCGUCAGAAGGUGCAGACUGGGCUGGUGACAACAUGGGGACUCAGGCUGGGGACAUUCCUCUUCAUGCGGAUCUUGAAGGACGGUCACGAUCGCAGGUUCAACCAUGUCAGAGACAGCCCAGGGACUUUCUUUGUAUAUUGGACUGUUCAAGCCUUGUGGGUGUUUGCGACCCUCCUCCCCACCCUCAUGCUGAACACCGAGAAGCGAGACGUGCCCCUUGGAACGAGGGAUUAUAUCGGCUGGACUAUGUGGGGCCUUGGCUUUGCCACUCAGGCUAUUGCUGACCAGCAGAAAUGGCUUUUCAAGGGUGACCCAGAUAAUGCUGGGAAGUUCAUCCGGACUGGACUGUGGGCCUACAGCAGGCACCCCAACUAUUUUGGAGAGAUCCUGCAGUGGUCGGGUCUCUGGCUCUCGGCCUCGUCGGUGAUGCAGGGUCCGCAGUACCUGAGCGUGGCGUCCCCUCUGUUCGUCUGGUUCCUGCUCCGCUUCGUCAGCGGCGUCCCCAUCCUGGAGAAGCAGGCCAUGAAGAAGUGGGGAUCGGACCCGGCCUUCCAGGACUACAUCAAGAACACUCCUCUUCUCUGGCCGUGGCCGAAAUUCUGAUGUUACGGAUUUGUUAUGUUUCAACUGUUCAACCGAUAUCUGCCUCCACAUACAGAACAAAUACAUAAUGAAGUCAUCAAGUGUUCAGAGCAGAAUACUUCAAAAUUACACGUAAUCAUUCCUCGACUUUACGUAAAAAUUUCCAGUGUACGAUCUCUGUGGGAGUUAUAUAAAUGCACUGGAGUCAACACGAUGAGGCUACAUACUGUUUUUACCUUUUUAAGUCUCUGGUUUACAGCGUGAGAAUCUCAACAAUAAAGAUGUCUAAAGGUGCUCUGCAGAAGCUAAUAUUCACUGUCUCCCACUGAAACACAUCAAGCGACUCAAACAACUUUUUAACAAGUUGAAUUUUACUACAUUACAUCCGUUUUUGCCAG